CUCUGCAUAAAGCGUCUUCUACUACCCAUUCGAUAGCGGGGUCCAUCCCACUUCCUCGCGCGUCACACCUCCGCUCAGCCCUCCGCCUUACAACCGCAAACCACCACAAUGGGCGCCAAAGUUCCACGAAACUUCCGCUUGCUAGAGGAGCUGGAAAAGGGAGAAAAGGGCCUUGGUGCUGAGGCAUGCUCCUAUGGCCUUGACCACGGCGAUGACCUGUUGAUGUCAGACUGGAAUGGCACGAUCCUCGGUCCACCACAUAGCGUCCAUGAGAACCGCAUCUACAGCGUAAAGAUUCACUGCGGCCCAAGUUAUCCCGACGUGCCUCCCGAGAUCUCGUUCACAUCCAAGAUCAACCUUCCUUGCGUCAACCCACAGAACGGAGAGGUCGAUGCGUCAAAGCUGCCUUGUCUGGCCCAGUGGAAACGGGAAUUCACCAUGGAAACGAUACUCAUAGAGCUUCGCAGGUACAUGGCGCUCCCUCAGAACAAGAAACUCCCACAACCGCCGGAAGGAGCGACUUUCUAAGCAGUCACGGAGGCAGUGUUAGUGCAUGGAAGAGCUGUAAACAUGACACCAGGAGAUCGUUCGGUUUGAAGAGACAUGUGUGAUACAGAUAUGAUGCUAUAGCUGAGAUAACCAACGUGCAUUGGAAAUGGAGUUCUGGUCUGCUGGGC